UCUCCCCGUCCGUGUAGAGAGACAGAGGGAGAGACACACAGGUCAAGUUCCCACCCAUCUGGAACAGACCCUCCCGGUCACAGUUGUGUUUUGUGGUGGUUGUGGUGGUGGUGUUUCUGAAUCUGGUCCUUCUCCUUUCUUUCCACUUCUCCUCCGUUUGUUCAACUCUUGCCUGUCGCUCGGUCCCAGGGGCCGGGGGCAAAAAUGACAGAACUAGUAACCACGCCUUCCCAACCGAGGAAUCACCAUUCUGCGUUGACGGGGCCGCCCAACAGCUCUGCCAUGGCGACUAAGAGAGAGACCGGAGGAGUAGAGCCGGCAGUUGCGAGACAGCACGAAUCCGAGACCUCACCGACAGCCCCUUUAUCUCUCUCUUCCGGCCCACGCCCGCCUAUUCCUCCUCCUCCUCCUCCACCACCUUCACCCGGCUCCGGUUCUCGGGGAUCUGCCCGGAGGACUACAACUAAGAAGCGUGCUGCUUCCAUCGACACGGAGGAGGCUAACCGUUCCAAAAUCGAGAGCCUGAGUCUCAGAACACCCACCACGGCGAGUCCGCGGCCAGCUAUCGACGCCGGCCGUGACCUGAUCUGCCUCUGCACCCCGGCACCUAAAGUUCCACGACCGCGAAACGCCUUCAUUCUUUACCGCCAGCACCAUCAAGCUCAGGUGGUGCAGCAGAACCCGGGGCUCGCCAACCCGGAGAUCUCCAAAAUCAUCGGCGAGCAGUGGCGCGACGAGCCCGAGGAGCGCAAGAACCAGUGGAAGCUGCUUGCCGAGGAGGAGAAGCAGCGCCACCAGCGACAGUACCCGGACUACCGGUACCAGCCACGCCGAGGGAACAAGCCGGGCAGCUCGCAGUCGGGCCGGCCUUCGGUGGCGCCGGGCGAAGAUCCCCACCGUUGUCCCAAGUGCGGCGGGCGGUACAUCGCCACGCCGAGAACCCCUUCCACGCCCUUCAUGACGCCGACAGCCGCCAAGUCGGGGAGCUCCACCCCUUACGGUCCUCCGUCGGGGCUUCACCAGACGUCCGAGUCGAGAUCCGCCAUGAGCCGGAGCAGCCGCUCGCAGCACUGGGGACCCUCUCAACCCUCGGGCAGCGGCGGCCUGUACAACAUCCACGAGGAUUACGAGAGCACCGUCUCUCCCCACGAAGCCAAGCGUCGCCGGUACAACUCCGCAGGAGGUUACCAAAGCUACCACGCCCUGCCGUCACCUCCGCCCCCGUUCCCGCCGUCCAACCAGCACUCCACCGCCUCCUACUCCCACCCUCACCCUCACUCACGACAACAACUAUCCCUGCGCAACCAAUCCAUGCCUCCGUCCGCUUACCCGCCUCCGCCAUCCCUCCCGGGCCCAUCCUCGAUGCUCCAGCGCAGCAGUCCCGGCCCGAGCGCAGCAGGGCCCAUGCCCCCUCCGCAGCGGCCCAUGCACGCCGUGCCACCACAAUUGCAGCCUCACUACCCGUCCGGCCCGCUUCCCUACCGAGGCGGUGCCGGAGGAGGAGGAGGACCGCCGUCAUCAGACUUCGACGAAUCCCUCCGCCUGCCCCCGCUGCAAACAUCCCACCUGCCGACUUCCCCGGACAACGGCAGCGAGCCGAGCACAGGUGGUGGCGGCCAGCAUGGAGGAGGAGCAGUAGGAGGUGGUGGAGGAGGAGGAGGAGGCGGGGCAACGGGGCUGGGAAUCAUCCAUCCCACGCCGACUAUCCCUUCAUAUUCUUCUUCUUCUUCUUCUUCUUAUUCGUCGUUGGGAUAUGGUGGAGUGGUGACGAAGCGGGAGCGGGAUGCUGUCGAGCGGGCACAGGCGCGGAGUGUCGAGGCCAUGGUCAUGAGUAUCUCGUUCGUGAGUAAGUUGAGGGUGUUGGAGAGGAUUAGCCCGCCCCUGGCUGCUCCUGACGCGACGGGGAGAGGGCCGGUCAUUGCGGUGGAGGGCCCCGACGCGAGGUUGGUGAAGGCUGUCGCUCGGGUUGUGGAACGGGCGUUGAAGGCGGCGUCGGCGGCUGAGGAUGGCGCGUGGUUGGUUCGGUGCUGGGAGGACGAGAGCGUUCGUAACGGUUGGAGGCAGCAGCAACAAGGGGAAUUGGGAUCGGGUGAUGGUGGUUGUGGUGGGGAGGAUGUGCACAUGCCUGAUGCUGUUGUUGCGGCUUCGCGGCAUGGAAGUCAGGCCAGUAUUGCUGCGAGCAGUGCCAGUGGCGUCAGCAGCAGCAGCAGCUGCUGCAGCGGCAUCAAUCCGUUCACGGCUUAUCUUCGCACCAUCACAGAGUGGCACGCCAAAUCCGCUGAGAUCGUCAAGUUCGUUACUGGCACCCCCAUCACGACUUCGUCAACAGUCUCGACUACCCCCACGCAAAAACGCAGCAUCACCACCGAUGAUGACAAGACUGAAAGGGAAUCAACUGCGCUCCCAACAGACCCGACAACACAGCGUCACCCCCUGCCCAAACACCCCGUCCCUGCCAGCCCUCCGAGUGGCCAGAACCAGAAACCAAAGCCCAAGCUACCUAUCGCCUUCCUCCCCUCGGGGUUCUCACUCACCUUAUCCGACCGCUUCGCCUGCGCCGCUCCCAUCUCAGACGCCUACGCUCCCGUCGACCACUGGCAGUGGAUGGCGACGCUGUGGCGGGGGAUUGUGGGGCCCGAUCUAGUUGUGUAUGUCUCGCCGCUGGCUCAGGCUCCGUAUCAAUCCAGUGUGGAUGAGGUUUCUACUGGCGGCGGUGUUAUGGCAGGAGGAGGAGGAGGAGGGGCAGUGGAGGUUAGGAGCGCUGGGUUGAUUGUUGUGAAGGUCCCCGUUCCCGCACCUGUUUCUGUUUCUGUUGUUGGGCCCGGUUCGGCGCUUGAUGAGAGCGGUGAGGUUGCGAGGAGCGAACGGGUCGCGGUCGUGGUGGACGAGAAGAUGGAACGGCGGUUAGGGUUCGAGGUUGUCGAGUGGGUGCGGAGUGCUGGAUGGGUGAACAUCGUUAGAGGAAUGGACGGGCAGACGGCGAUGGAAUAUUAGAUUUCAAGUUAUUGUUGAUGGCUGGUACCGUUGGCUCUCGGAUUCAAGUUGUUUAGACGGAGAUUGUGAUGGUUCCUACUG